AAUUCCAUCUCAAAAUGAACUAUAUAAGGCCUAUGAAUGAUACCAAACAAAUCCAACAAAACCUUGGAUAUUUCCUUCCUUGACUCACACCAGAAAAUCCACCUCUGAAAUAAUGGAAUUGUCAGCAAUGUCUCAUGGUAGAAGCGACCCACACAUGUUCUCAUCAGCCUCCGGCAGCAAAGCCAUUGGGAAGCAAAUCGAGGCCAUCCAUGAUCCUGCUGGUAUUCAUAGCAGUAUGAAACCUAUUCUUGACAUUGUCGAAGACAUCUUUCGCCGAGCAGCCCCUCCGGCACGGGGAACAGUUCAGGAAGCACACAUGCAAAUAUAUGAAUCGGAUGAAAGAGCUCUCCAUUUAAGCGCUGAUGAGUCGAUCGACUAUUUAUCAGCCAUCAUAAACAGAAUUUCCUGCGAGAUAGCCUACAGGUUGUCAACUGGUGAAGAUGCACAUGCAACAACUCUAGCAGUGGCUCACGUAGUUAAAAGCUACUCAUGGGAUGCAAAGGUUGUACUAGCCUUGGCAGCAUUUGCCAUGAGCUAUGGUGAAUUCUUGCUGAUUGUCCAGCUUUACACUACUAAUCCACUUGCCAAAGGGGUUGCACUCCUCAAACAAUUGCCACAAGUUCUUGCGCGAGCUGACCUUUUGAAAACAAAAUUUGACACGCUUGCCGACCUCAUCAACGCGAUGCUUUGUGUGGCCAAGUGCAUUAUCGAAUUGAAGGAGCUUCCAUCUGAGUACAUUAGCCCUGAAGACCCAGAACUGUCAUCCGCCAAUUCUGAUAUCCCUUCAGCUGUUUAUUGGACAAUCCGAAGUACUGUGGUUUGCGCAUCACAAAUUAUAGGCCUCAUUGGCAUGGGCGACGAGUUCGUAUCAUCGACUACAGAUGCUUGGGAGCUGUCAAGCUUGGCGCACAAUAUCGACAAUAUAUGCAGCGAUCUUAUGGAGAAACUCAAACGUUGUCGUCAACGCAUAAAUGAGAGAAAGGAUAUUGAAGCAUAUCAAACGCUGUUGCGCCUCUUUGAUGCAAUGCAUAUCGAUAAUAUGAAGAUUCUUAAGGCUUUUAUUUACGCUAAGGAUGACCAGCUGCCACUUUGGAAUGGAACUACCAAGCAAAAGGUUAGCAUUGACGUGUUGAGGCGGAGAAUUGUGCUACUAUUCAUUUCAGACCUUGAGAUGCCGCAUGACGAAAGUCGUAUUCUGGAACAAAUGUAUGACGAGUCACGAGUGCACCCAACGAGGGUAGAGAGUCAGUACGAGGUGAUUUGGAUCCCGGUUGUAGACAGGUCCGUUCCCUUUGAUGACACAAAGAGAGAGCAAUUCGAGUCUCUAAAAGCAAUGAUGCCAUGGUACUCGGUUAGUCACCCUUCCAUGAUUCAGCCAGCGGUGAUUAGGUACAUCAAAGAGGUCUGGGGUUUCAGCAAGAAGCCUUUGCUAGUGGUGUUAGACUCCCAGGGAAGAGUUGUGAAUUCUAACGCGAUUCACAUGAUGUUUAUUUGGGGCAACUCGGCAUUCCCUUUCACUAAGAUCAGGGAAGAAGCUCUUUGGAAGGAAGAGACAUGGAGGAUUGAACUCUUGGCAGAUUCUAUUGACCCCUCCAUAAUCAAUUGGUUAACUGAAGGGAAAUUCAUUUGCUUGUAUGGUGGAGAAGACAUGGAUUGGAUUCGGAAAUUCACAACAACAGCAAAAGCUGUUGCGCAAACUGCUAAUAUCAAAUUAGAGAUGCUCUACGUGGGAAAAAGCAACCCUGGAGAAAAAAUUAGGCGGAACAUGACCACCAUUCAGAGAGAGAAUCUUAGCCGUGUAUUGCCUGACAUCUCGCUGAUACGAUUCUUCUGGGUGCGGUUGGAGAGCAUGUGGCACUCAAGAGUUCAGCAUGGAGUGACCGUAGAAAAUGACCACAUUUUGCCAGAGAUCAUGACCAUGCUCAGCUUUGAUGGCAGUGAGCAAGGAUGGGCCGUGAUAAGUAGGGGAGAUGAACUGGCCAGGGGUAAGGCGGAGAUUGUUUUGAAAAGCCUUGACCAAUAUCCUGUAUGGGAAGCGCUUGCGGCAGAAAAAGGUUUUAUUCCUGCGUUGAAUGAUCACAUCCAAGGUCUUCGCACCGAGCAUCACUGCAACCGUCUGAUACUUCCAGGGACUGCUGGAAUUCGAAGCAUCCAUGAGAGGGUCGUUUGCUUUGACUGUGGCAAGCAAAUGGAGAAGUUCUUCAUGUAUCGCUGCUGCACCGAUUAAUUAAUUAAUAUAAGCAAUCCCCGUAGACUGUACUCAUUGGAGUUGCAAUUAAUAACUACAACAAGCGCUGCUUGCUGCUAUGGCCGCGUCAAUAAUGUUGUGAACAUUGUGAAAGGAUCCUUUUCUAACUCUUUGCUUUGCCGCUUUUAUACUUGUUUUUGGUUAAUAAUGUCAUAUUUAACACAUCCGAGUUGCAUGAUGUUGUCCUUUAUGGGGUCCUUAUUGAGACCAGCAAAGGGUUCUUGUGAGAACGAGAGAGG